CCAGUUGUUAAACCUCGCUAACUUGCUAAUGUAACUCAAAUAAUUAAAGUGACGUGUACAGGCUCUACUCUGAGGUUACAGGGGCAACUCUUGGAUCUAAUGCGAAUGGAAGAUAUCUAUAACGCGUGAAACUAGUAAGUGAAAGAGGGAGAGAGAAUGAGAUCGGGAGGGGAGGGAAAAAGGAGAGACAAAGCGAAAGAGAACGAGAAUUUCAGAAACACUGGAAUGUAGUUGGUAACGCCAUCUGCGGAAUGCACCAUGCAGCAUUCUUAUGCGAACAAUACAACUACAGGGACACGCGUAACGCAACAAUGGCGACCUGAAACAUUGGCGUGCGCUUCCUUGCUCCAUAUACUUGUGACAUCUCGCCACUGUUUACUGUAUCUUUUCUUCAUAUUCGUGAAUGUGAAAUACAUUCUUGCUGCCGUAAAAUAUGUGACUAGUGAAUUAGACAAACAAAAAACGAGAAAUUGUGCGGAGCCAGCAGUUAAAGUUAGUUAGUCGUAGGACACAAUUCAAUGGUGUUGGUCUCUGCCGAAAAAACGGGAAAGCCAUGUAUACAUUCAUAUCCUGUAAACUAUAAUGUUCUGUGGAGAAAUAGUGAAUACUUACCAUCAAAAUCUAUUGUGGUGCUGAUACGGCAUGUUGAAAUAAGGGAAGCGAACGAGGGAGAUGAGCCACAAUAUUGCAGGCAUGCCACCCUUUGCAAGGAUGCCUUUGGGGGGUAUGGGUAUGGGUGUGAAUAUGGGUCCUAGUGCCCCACAUCCCGAAUCUUCUGCUCACCCUCAUCCUCCACCACCACCACCUACAGGUGCCAAUCCAAAAAAGAAGAGACGUACAAAUGCAAAUGUUGCUCAACCACCUCCGCAACAACCUCCAACAGUACAGGAUUUACUUCCUCCACCUUUAACUGGUUAUGGAGAUACAAUAGUAGCUAGUAAUCCUUUUGAUGACACACCACCGCAAACCACACAAACACCAAUGAUGCAUGGUGGACCACCUCACAUGCAUCCUCAUCAUCCACAUCAUAUGAGUGGGCCACCUAUGAGAGGCAUGAGUCCUUUAACUUCAAUAGGUGGAAUGAGUCCUAUGAUGCCACACAAUAUGGGAAGUAUGAGUCCAAUGGGAAAUUCGCCCAUGACAAAUCACAUGAAUCAUAUGGGAGCAAUGUCUCCCAUGAAUCAUGCACCAAUUGGUGGUAUGAGUCCAAUGAAUAAUAUGGGUCCAAGUAUGCCACCUGGCCCAAUGAAUACUAUGAACAAUCAUAUGAAUAUGAGUCACAUGAGUAAUUCUCAACUUAGUGGUCCACCCAUGGGUAGUCCAAUGAAUAAUAUGAACAGUGGGCCAAUGGGUAGUCCAAUGAAUAACAUGGGACACAGUAUGGGAAGUCCUAUGGGUGGUCCAUUAGGAUCUCCUAUGAAUACAAUGGGAGGAUCGAAUCAUAUGCCUAAUGGACCAAUGAAUAUGAAUAAUAUUAAUAGCCAUAUACCGCCCAAUAGUCCUUUAAAUGGACCAUCUAUGAACAGCGUAAAUAGUCCAUUAGGACAUAACGGAUCUCAAACACAUCCAAAUCAUAUGGGUAAUAAUCUUAAUAAUUUAGGAAGACCGAUAAAUGGACCUAUGACUACUAUAAGUUCAAUGGUGUCCAACAAUUUGAAUAUGAGUGGUCCAAAUCAAAUAAAUAAUAUGAAUAUGGGUGGACCACCAAUGAAUAAUAUGUCUAACAUGAGUAUUAAUCAUCAUAAUCAAAUGAGUCAUAUGGGUGGUCCAAUGGGUACAAUGUCUAGUAAUAUAGGAGGCGGUCCGCCAAUGGGUCAUCCUAUUAAUAUGGGAGGUUCGAUACCACCUCAUGGUUUUCAAGGUCCACCGGGAAUGGGACCAAAACCAAUGCCAGUUUCUGCGGGGAAGAUAUAUCCUCCAGAUCAACCAAUGGUAUUUAAUCCACAAAAUCCUAAUGCUCCACCCAUUUAUCCUUGUGGAGUGUGUCAUAAAGAAGUACAUGAUAACGAUCAAGCAAUUCUUUGUGAAUCAGGUUGCAAUUUUUGGUUUCACAGAGGAUGCACAGGAUUAUCGGAAACUGCCUAUCAAUUAUUAACUGCAGAAGUUUAUGCAGAAUGGGUGUGUGACAAGUGCUUACAAUCGAAAAAUAUACCUUUGGUUAAAUUUAAACCAUAACACUUCUUAACUCGUCGUAUAUGCGACAUACGAGUGACUCUUUGUUAGCGUUUACACCUUGUACACGCACACAUGCGCGUGCAAUUGCACACAGAUAAACACAUACGGUAUACAUUAAUGCAUGAGCGAAAUCAUGCAUAUAAUAUAAACAUACGCUGUUUGUUAAUAUCUUAGCUUUAACUUGUUGAAACAUUAGGGUAUCACUAUGAGUCAUAUUGGUGAAUGAGAUGGCAAAAACGGCAUAUAGUAUGUUCGAAAGUUGCAUUACUUUUUAAGUAUGUUUAUGACAAGUAGAUUCAUCUGUUUAAAAAGUUAUUUAUCAUUUAACUUUUAAUGUUACAAAUCUAUUUUCAAUCGUCCUAAUCAUAGAUAUAUACAAAAUGAAUGUAGAAAACAUAUUAAUUUAAACAAAAAAUUUUGUUAAAUAUUAUAUAAUUGAUGACGAAUCAUUCAAUUUCAAAUUAUAUUUAAUUCAAAAUUAAAAAAUAAUUAUACAGACUUUUUUACACACAACUAAGUUGAAUUAUAUUUUUAUAAAGUAGAAAUAAAAUUGAUUAAAAGAAAUAAAUGUUUUAUAUAAUGGUGAUAUAUUUGUAUUAUAUUACUAUUAUAUGACAUCAUUUAAUUUUCUCUUCUAAAAUCUUUUCUAUUUCUAUUUUAAAGAUGUGUUAUAAUUAUAUACUUUCGCUCAGUUGUGCAAAAUAUUUCUGUAUACAUAUAAAGAAUAAGAAAAUAUCCAUAUACAUAUUUUAUGGACGAUGAAAUUUUAUUGGGAUUUUAUAUUAAUAAGAAAUUGAACAAAUACAUACUUUGUUUAUUUUAUUUAGGUUUGGGUGAACGUUCCUGAUAAACUAUAAUUGUUAUUCAAAAGUAAUUAACAGUACAUAUUAACUUUAUUAAUAAUUUCUAGUUAUGUCAUUGUCAUUUAUCAUCAGGCUCGUUACGUUGAUUAAGAAAAUCCAAAGGAUAAAAGGAUAAAAGUGGUACUUUUAUAAAAAGUGAAGUUUGCACAUUUAAUUGUUUAAGAACAGAAUAAUACAAAUUCCAAACAAUGUAAAUUUUUCUAAUUAGUACGAUUAUAAAUAUUCAUAUCUAUCUUCGAAUAUCAGAACAUCAGAGAAUUUCUAAAUCCAUUUUUUUUUGUAUAAUUAAAAUAUCGAAGUAUUUUGAGUUUUCAAAAGAUAUGAUUAAAAUAUUGUAUCAAUAUAAUUAAAUAUAAUAAUUAUUGCAUAUAUUGCAUAUAUUGCAAUAAUUAUUUUUAAAAAUACUAUUUCAAAAUUGUUUUUAAAUAUUACAAAUGAAAAUAUAAUUCUUGUAUUUUUAUAUUGCAAAUAUUUUAGUAUAAACCAUGGUCAAUUAUAUAUUUAAUUAUAUAUUAAAAUUAAAGUUUAAAAUAUAUUCAAAAUGUAAAUAAAAUCAAUCAAAGACUUUUUUUCUCUUAUCAUUUACGUGAUAAGAAAAAAAAAUAAAGUUUUUUUUAUCAAAAUUAAAUUAUAACUUUUUACCAUGGUUUAUACAGAAGAUUAAUUCAAGUACAUAAGUAACAUAAGUAACAAAUUUUUUAUUUUUAUAUAUAGUUUUUUAUAUAUCUUGAAACAGAAAUGACAGAAAUUUAAAUUGACUUCUUAUGUUUUCUUUGUACCAUUUAAAAUAAUAUAACAUACAAAAAGAUUAUAUUUAUUCAUGCAAAAACAAACUUUAAAAUCAUAGGAAACAUUAAUAUUAAUAAAAAGUAAUUUGUAUAAAGAAAUAUUAAAAUGAUAAAAGAAUCGAAUCAUUGUUAUAAAAAAAGUAUCUAAAAUAUGUAAUUCAUUCAUAUGUUUAACAAAUCUGCCUUUUUUUGAUGCAAUUAUAAUUUAAUAGCAAAAUCCCGCAAAUAUGAAUUAAACUCAAGGUACUUCGUAUACAUGUCAAAUAAAAUCUAUAUUUAGUUGCAAUAAUAAAAUUUGUGCACAUAUUCACAUAAAUUCACAAAAUACACACAUAUUACAUUCACGCUCUUCUUCAAGUUAAGAUUUAUUGUUACAUUUGCCACGGACUUUUGAUGUCAGUAUAUUCAGAAAGAACUGAGUAUUAUAUCGACGUGAAUGAUUAAGUGAAAUGCAGUGAAAAAAAAAAAUUGAAUUCCGUCGGCAGCUAACCCAAAAUUAAGUCUACGGAUUGUAUAGUUAUAUACAUAUAUAUAUAUAUACAUAUACAUACAUAUAUGUAUGUAUAGAUAUAUAUACACAUACACACACAAAUAUAUAUAAAUAUAGCUAAUUAUCAUUUUACUGUUUGACGCCUGUAUUAUACGGAGGACUGAUUUUGAAAAUUUUAAAAAUAUCAGAUUGAAUGGUUUCUCUAAUACACAAGUUUUAAUAAUUAUUCUUUUAUUCAGUUUUCAAUUACUGUUACAAUUACUCUCCGUGUAAUCCACGCUUUAAUCUCGUUUUAUUGUAAUCCUUUCUAACAAAUAUUAUACAUGAGUAACGUACACAGGAUCCUAUAACUACAUAAUGCUCAUAUUAGUAUUACAACGAAUAGAAUACCAUCUUCACAUAUCUUCAUUCUAUAUUUUGUCAUGUCGUGGAGGCCGAAGGGUCGUGGAUCACGCUAAAGAUCGUUAACGUUGCUUUUUUUCUCUAUUAUGAAAAAUUAUAUAUGGGAAUGCAGGGGAUUAAGCGAAUAACGAGAGAAAAAAAUGUUACUCAACGUGGGACGGGGAAACGGGUGUGUAACCGGAAAUGAUACUAGAUAAUUGGAGGAUCAAGGAUAAUGAUUUUCUAGUACAAACGAAUAAAUCGUAAUUUAAGUAACUACUAGUAGUGUCUAUUUUCCAGAGAUAAUUUAUAUAAGUUAUAUCGUUUGCGAACGAAACCGUUAUACGAUCGUUAUACGAUCAUCAAAUACGAUGCACGCCUAAAACAUUAUGUCUAAAUGAAAAGAAAGAAUCUUUGACUUAUAUUUAACGGUAGCUUAAUCCCUGUAUAAUUUGUUAAAAACAAAUGCAUUUCAUAUGUGUCUGAA